ACUUUUUGGAGAGAGAGAAAAGAGAUACACACUUUAGAAAGAGAGAAGAGAAACAUGUUUUAGACAGAGAGAGAAAUACAGUAUAGGGAGAGAGAAUAGAGAGUGUUUGAGCGUCAAUGAAAGAGAGAGAGAGAAAGUACAAAGACAGAGAGUGCAAAGGAAGAGAGACAGAAGGAGGUGGGGAGAAAGGAAGAGAGAGAGAGAGAGGCAGGAGGAGUCAGGAGAGGGUGUGUGUGUGUAAAAGAGAGAGAGAGACAUCAGUAGAGAGCAGUGGUGUGUGUGAGUGUGUCCUGAUCAGACAGUGGGAGUGUGUAUAGGUGUGUGUGUGGUGUAUUGUGAGGAGACUGUAGCAGUGUGUAUGUGAGUGUUUUGUAUGGGUGCAGUGUGAGCAGCAGUGGUGCAGCAGAUCCCGGGUCAGUUCUGAGAGGGAGGAGAGGGAGAGUUGUGAAAGUUCUGGCUCUGGAUCCAUCAGCAUGGCAGACAGUGUGAUCGAGGAGUCCGAUUACAUCCCGGGAAAAGACGAGCUGGACUGGGGCUAUGAGGAAGGUGCAGAGUGGGGUCUACUGUUUCCAGAAGCUAACGGAGAUAACCAAUCCCCCAUUAACCUGAACUCCAGGGAGGCCCGGUAUGACCCCGGCCUGCUGGAUGUCGGCCUGACCCCCAACUACGUGGUCUGCAGAGACUGUGAGGUCGUCAACGACGGCCACACUGUGAGGAUCAUGCUCAAAUCCAAAUCAGUGGUGACCGGUGGCCCUCUCCCGAGUGACCACGAGUACGAGCUGCACGAGGUCCGCUUCCACUGGGGGAAGGAGAACCAGCGGGGGUCCGAACACACUGUCAACUUCAAGGCCUUCCCCAUGGAGCUUCAUCUGAUCCACUGGAACAGUACACUUUUUAACAGUGUUGAGGACGCCAUGGGGAAGAAGAAUGGCAUCCUCAUCAUCGCCCUGUUUGUACAGGUGGGGAAGGAACAUCUGGGGCUGAAGGCUGUGACUGAGGUUCUGCAGGACCUGCAGUACAAGGGAAAGUCCAAAAUAAUCCCGUGUUUUAAUCCCAAUACAUUACUGCCAGAUCCGUUAUUAAGAGAUUACUGGGUGUAUGAAGGCUCGUUAACCACGCCUCCCUGCAGCGAGAAGGUCACCUGGAUCCUCUACCGCUACCCACUGACCAUUUCCCAAAUGCAGAUUGAGGAAUUUCGCAGGCUCAGGUCACAUGUUAAAGGGGCGGAGCUUCUUGAAGGUAAUGAUGGGAUGCUUGGGGACAACUUCCGCCCCACCCAGCCUCUGAGUGACCGGGUGGUCAGAGCAGCUUUCCAGUAAAUCCUCAACUCCAGGACCCACCACUAUCCUCCAAUGUAUAACAAGCAAAGCUAAAAUGAAGGUUUGAGAGGAUCAUCACUGAGGCCUGGCUGAAAUCAACAUGGAUCAGAAGGAUCAAACCAAUCAGAUGGAUCACAGACAGCUCCUAUUUUCUAUGUUACCACGAGAUUCAGCAGUGCUGGGUCAGACUGAAUCAGAAGAAGCAGCCCAUAGGAACAGAACUCCAUUCAUAUCUUAAUGUCUUACUGUUACACAUUUAUAGGGAUGUGCAGGAAGCUGUUCUGGACAGCGGAGAACAUCUGUAUCAUCAUUUAUAAUCCUUAUCACCUGGAUUUCUCUGAUCCAUCAGCUUAGUUUACAUUUAUCUCAUGUGAUUGAUAUGAAUUAUUUGGUAAGUCUGGUCAUAUGCAGUUUUAGAACUGUCUUAGAACAGUGGUCAUCAACCCUCCUCCUGGAGAUCUAUUUUCUGUAGAAAGGUGGACCUCCAGAUUUUGGUCAAGUUACCACUGCAAUCAUUGAUGGCAAAUCCAGGCCCAAAAAGUAAAAAUUGUGUACUAACUGCAAAGCUGCUCUACAAAAAUCAACAGAGGAAUUGGUUCUCCUGACUGGGCAGCUCUGUAAAGCUCCAUCCCAGGAUUUAUUGUCAGCUACCUGGGCAGCUUAGCAUGGCAGCUCUGUAAAAACCCACCCCAGGAUUUUUUGCUAUAAAUCCACACCAGAAUUUUUUGCCAACUGCCUCGGAAGCUCCUUAAAAAUCCACCCCAGGAUUUUGUUCCAACUGCCUGGACAACUUUGUGAAAAUCCACCCCAAAAUUUGGUGCCACGUGUAAAAAUCCUGGGAUGGAUUUUUACUGUCGGGACCUGGAUUUGCCACCGCUGUCUGUAAUGAAAGAAAGGAACAAACCGGAACAUGAAGUUAAUCUUAGGAUACUUUAAGUAAUGAACAAAUUCAUGCUGUAACAGUAGCAUAAUGUGUAUAAUUCUGCAUAAUACUGUAAACUAUCAGGUAUUACACAGAGAUAAUCUGUUUAAUGUGGUGAAUGUAUAAUGCUAUUAAUAAAAACUCAGUUUUUACUUUUA